ACACACACACACUCGCUCGCUCACACUCACACACGCGUAGAUUGAGUCCCUUAAUCCCGCGCCGGAGUCCUGCGCUCUCCGCGCGCGUCGCUGUCCGCGGUGCUGAAAUCCCCUCUCCGGGCGCCGCCCAGUUCUCUGGGACGCUCAAAGUUCUCCGCCGGCCCGGAGCAGCGCCGCGCCUCCCCUCGCAGACCCUCUCGGGGCCGGGAGCGAGAGGCGGACCCGAGCCAGGCUGGUGGAAACCUUGCCUGAGGAGAGGGAGGAGUUGUCUAGGUGUGCGUGUGAAAGAGAGAGAGAGAUCGGAUGCCUCUGCAGCGUCCCACGCAGGGCACGGGCAUUAGUGCAUGUGGGCAAACGCUGCCCCAAUGACGCUUCAAGCCCGUGUCGGUGGCGGAACGGGCACGGGGCCAGGCAGGCAGAGCCGGUGAUGGUUGCAUCCCCACGCACCGUUCAUCAAGUUGAGAUCGUGGUGCCAUAAGAGAGAGGGGGGGUAAAAGAAAAGGAUUUGCGCUGCAGGAAGAGGGAAGAAGAGGAAGAGGGGGAAAGAAGAAAGAGACAGAGAGAGAGCGAGGGAAGGAGAAGAGAGGACAGAGAACGAGAGAAGGAAAGAAGAAAGGGGAAACGGACAAAUAAAGAGAUCCUAUUAUCGACCGCACCAGCAGUGACCUCGCGCCCUCCCCAAAGAAGCCUCCGCGAUGUUUUGGUGGAGUCUUUAAUUUAUUUUUAACCUCCGUUUCGCCAAAGGUGAUACUGGGACAUAGCCCGGGGGGACCCUGCCUCCUUCUUUUAGCAGAAGAAGCCAGAAGCCAUGGAGAUUCGGACAGAAGAAUUAAGGAAGUUCGCUGGGAGGACCUUAGGGCAGUUAAACAGGAUCCUUGAUAAGAAACAGGCAGGUGGGGAGACCAUCGAGCUGACUGAAGAGGGCCGGGCUGUUGAGGUGACCGAGAAGCACCCGCCCAUCGUCGACUGCACCUGCUUUGGCCUCCCUCGCCGCUACAUCAUCGCCAUCCUCUGCGGCCUGGGCUUCUGCAUCAGCUUCGGCAUCCGCUGCAACCUGGGCGUGGCCAUCGUCAGCAUGGUCAACAACAACACCGUCUACGAAGGGGACAAACUCGUUGUGAAGAAAGCGGAGUUCAACUGGGAUCCUGAGACAGUAGGCAUGAUUCAUGGAUCCUUCUUCUGGGGUUACAUUGUCACCCAGAUCCCAGGAGGGUUCAUAGCACAGAAAUUUGCUGCUAACAGGGUUUUUGGCUUUGCCAUUGUGGCGACAUCAACCCUGAACAUGCUCAUUCCAUCGGCCGCAAGGGUCCACUUUGGCUGCGUGAUCUUUGUGCGGAUCCUGCAAGGCCUUGUGGAGGGGGUCACCUACCCAGCAUGCCACGGUAUCUGGAGCAAAUGGGCACCCCCCCUGGAACGCAGCCGCCUGGCGACAACAGCCUUCUGUGGCUCUUACGCAGGAGCUGUGGUGGCCAUGCCUCUCGCGGGGAUCCUAGUGCAGUAUUCCGGGUGGAGCUCAGUAUUCUACGUCUACGGCAGCUUUGGUAUCUUCUGGUAUAUGUUCUGGCUGCUGGUUUCCUAUGAGAGUCCUGCCCAGCACCCAACCAUCACCGAGGAAGAGAGGAAAUACAUAGAAGAAAGCAUUGGAGAAAGCGCCAGUCUUAUGAAUCCCCUUCUGAAAUUCAAAGCGCCCUGGCGCAAGUUCUUCACUUCCAUGCCUGUCUACGCCAUUAUUGUGGCCAACUUUUGCCGGAGCUGGACCUUCUAUUUGCUCUUAAUUAGCCAGCCGGCCUAUUUUGAAGAAGUCUUUGGCUUUGAAAUCAGCAAGGUGGGCAUGCUUUCUGCUUUGCCUCACCUGGUCAUGACGAUCAUCGUGCCCAUUGGGGGCCAAAUCGCCGACUACCUGCGAACGCGGAGGAUCAUGUCUACCACCAACGUCCGCAAGAUGAUGAACUGUGGGGGUUUUGGCAUGGAAGCCACACUCCUCUUAGUGGUUGGCUAUUCCCACAGCAAAGGCGUAGCAAUUUCUUUCCUUGUUCUGGCCGUGGGUUUCAGCGGUUUUGCUAUUUCAGGAUUUAACGUGAAUCACUUGGACAUUGCCCCCCGAUAUGCCAGCAUCCUCAUGGGGAUCUCCAAUGGCGUGGGAACUCUGUCAGGGAUGGUGUGUCCACUCAUCGUUGGAGCUAUGACCAAACACAAGACACGGGAGGAGUGGCAAUACGUCUUCCUCAUCGCCUCUCUAGUGCAUUACGGGGGUGUCAUCUUCUAUGGGAUUUUCGCCUCCGGCGAGAAGCAGCCCUGGGCUGAGCCGGAAGAGAUCAACGAGGAGAAGUGCGGCUUCAUCAACGAGGACGAACUGGCCGACGAGGAGGACGAAGCGGCCCGCAUGGCCGCAGGAGGGGGCGGGGGAGGAGGAGGCGGGGGCUACGGCGCUACCAAGAGCACCAGUUUUGCCAAUGGAGGCUGGACGGCUGACUGGGACAAGAAGGAAGAAUACGUCCAGGAGCCUGGCAAAGAUUCGUAUAUGUAUGGCACGCCAGGAGAGCGGGACUUGUCGUAGAGAUGCCCCAUCCCUCCUUCCGCGUGGGGUGCUGGGGCCUUGGUUCAGUCCUCUGGAGUGAGGGGGGAAAGGCCUGUGUUUAGGUUGCUUCUCCCCCUCCCCUUUCACUUUACCGUCCUUUCCCACCCACCCCUCAGUUCUGGUACAACCGUCCAGACCCAAUGAAAACUGCCUCCCUCUUCAGCCUCAUACGCCUUGGUAAAAAAAAACAACCAAGGGCACCCACACACCCCAAACCGCCCUCCUUCCUUUUCCACAGGCCCCCGUGUGUUGUCAUGACAGCCGCCAUGCCUCACACAGACCCAACGCCACCUACUCUGACCCCCUCCAGUUGUGGUACCUCCCCCUAUCCUCAGGAUAUGGGGGGCAAGGGGUGGGUGGAGUUAAGUUACACCCACACACCCCUUGAGCCCUAAUAAAGACCUUUGGACACAGCGCAAUAGCACUGAUUUAUGACCUAUGGCCUCUGGGUUACCCAGGUGGAGGGAGCCGUAGGUCUGUGGCAGAAAAUGCGCUUUGCAUACAUCAAGUUCUAGGUUUGAUUCCCAGUCUCUUCUAAUCAAAGGACGUCAAGGAGCGGCUCUGGGAAAGAUGGCUGGCUGAGCCUUGGAAGGCCUCUGCCAGCCAGAGUAGACAGUACUGGCCUAGAUGGGCCGAUGGUCUGGCUCCAUGUGAAGCAGGCACCUCUAUUCAGCAUCCUCCACUCCCGGGAUGGAGCUGUGUUUGGUCGCCUCGCCCCCCACUCUGCCACUCACUGCUUCAGCACCUUAGACCAGCCUGUCGCCAACCUGGUGCCAACCAGGUGUUUUGGACUACAUCUCCCAUCAGCCUGCAGCCAGCCUGGCCAUUGUGGCCAGGGUUGAUGGGAGUUGUAGCACACAACGCCUGGAAGCCACUAGGUUGAUGAAGCCUGCCUUAGACUAUGCCUCAGGCCCCUCUCUCUUUCUUAGGAACAAAUCAAAUAUUUUCCCCUUCCUGUGAAUGUAUCUGGGGAGCUUUAAUUUGUGAGGGGCAGAGCUUCUUAUGCCUUCAGCAUUCAUGCGCCAAAAAUGACCCUGCACUGAGGAGGGGGUGGGGAGCAGCUCACCUUGACCCUAAGUCAGACCCCUUGCUCCUACGCUGAGAACCAGUCAAGCCGUGCUUCUUCUGUGGCACAAAUCCAGCCUCUCCGUUAAAAAUGCCCACAGGCCAUCAUUUCUAAAUACUCCACUUGCUUGUCACUGUAAAUGUGUGUUUUCCCCACCUCCCCAAGCCACAAAAUGCUUUCAGUGCUACACUGGUUGACGUUUUCUCAAUGGACAAGUGAAAAUCUGCAUAGUGGUUUCGAGUGACACCGCCUCCCCGCCCCCAAAUACUUAUGGAUGGUAGUUUCAAGAGCCCCCCCCUUUACUCGCUCCAAAAAUAACUCUAGGCAUGUGUUCACACAGUGUUGUUAUAGCGCUUUCAGGCUUACAGUGCUUCAAAAUUAUUUGAAACCUAAAUUAAAAAAAAAAACACCUAAAAAAAUUAUAAUCCAAGCUUUGUCACCAAAGACCUCAGUGGGGGGCAAAGAGUGGCGAUGCUCCCUUCAAAUGUUGUUGGACUCCAACUCCCAUCAGCCCCAGCCAGCAUGGCCAAUGGUCAGGGUUAAUGGAAGUUGUAGUCCAGUAACAAUGGGAGGGCCACAGGUUUCCCUCCUACUCUAGAUUCUUAACUAGAACAUGAUAAAGGUUCACACUAUGCUUAAAACAGUAGAUAUUAAAAGUGUUUCAAGUGCAGUUUUGAGUGGCUGUGAAACAUUAUGAAGCUGGCCACAUCUACAUUACAAAUUUAAAGCAGUGUUGUGUUUUAUCUCUUUUGGUUUCUAUCAAAGGACCCUGGGGGUUGUUGGUGCCCGAGGGUGCUGAUCUGAUUAUUUUACUUAGCUACUUUAUAGAUCUCUAUCCCGCUUUUUAGGAUACUCUCCUUACAAAGCUGAUUAUUAUUAUGAAUUGUCUUUUCACCCCUUUUUUACUCCCAGAAGGUGAUUGCAUCCUUUUGUCCUCACAACCACCCCGUGAGCUAGGCUAAACUUAUAGAGAACGACUAGCUCAAGUUCAGCCGGUAGUUGAAUGAAGAAUUUGAACCCAGGUCUCCCUGGGCAAAUUUCAAAAUUCCAGCCAUUAUACCACACUGAACCAUUAUCAAAUCAGCAAUUCCCAGAGGGCACAGGGACUGGUUUAAAUGUGUAGUACAGACAUACUGUGUAAGCGCAAAUUAGUUAUCCGUGUUGUAAGCAUCACAAGCUAUUUACAGUGCAAUUGUAUGCAUGUUUACUCGGAAGCAAGCAUCGCUGAGUUCAAUGGGACAUACUCCCAUUGCAGCUGCAAGGUGCUUUAACUGCCUUAGUGUGAACACAAUGUAGGGUUUUUGCACCAUGACAGGAGCCAGCAUUACCCAGUGGACACUAGAAUGUUCCGUUAGGAUGACCACGCCCAACCUGGUGCCCUGUCAGAUGUUUCGGACUACAACUCCCAUCAGCCCCAGCGAGCACGGCUCCCUGGUUGGAGCUGAUGGGAGUUGUAGUCCGAAAUAUCUUACAGGGCACCAGGUUGGGGAAAUACUGCUUUAGGGUCUGAGAUGUUUUGAGAGUUUCAUCUUAAAAUGGCCCUCAGCAAUUCAGACGUGUACAAAAAGGACAGUGGCCUACCUCAGAGGAUUGUUGGAAGGAUGGGCCAAAGAAGAUUGUAAAGCACUCGGUUAGGAAAUUAUUCCUAACGGUGUCAGCAAAUGCUGGGGUUGGGGGAGCUGUUGGUUUCUGGUCACCCCCAAACACACCUGCAGCUUUUGCAUUGGAAACUGACUUGCUUGAGUUCAUUGGAGUGCAAGUCGUUUGCCAUGUUCCAGAGGCACCUCCGAUAAUCCCACAGCUCCUUGUGGCAGUUGAUCCAGUCUCACAAAAGCCGGUUCCCAGAAUAUCAAGGGGUUGACAGCGUUCAGGCCCCAUGUUAGGGAAAGGCUCUCUUCCCCCCCCUACCCCAUAAGUUCUCUCCCCCUCAGCCCCCUCUGCCCCAAAGUUCCCUCUGUGGGUUGGUUGGUCUGUCUGGCGUUUGCUCUGUACGUGUAACCUCCCUCCCUGGAUAACCCCCAAACAGUUGGAAUAAAUACCCUGUUCUUGUGUA